GACGAUUGUCUAACUUUUAAGAGCAUCAUUUUCAAGUUAACAACUAGUUUUGCUAGAGGAUAAUUUAAAUUAUUAAAGGCAUUCACAAAUUAUAACUUAAAAAAACUUUAUAUAACUGAUUAUUCUUCAUUUGUGAUUGCCACAAAAUAAUAUAUAUAGAAUUCUAUUUAAAUGUCAUAUAUAUAUAUACAUAAACUCUAUUUUCUCUUAAUUGUUUCCUUGCGAGGCCAACCAAAACGAAUCUGAAGAGGAAGAGGAUGUGGUUUAGCAUGUUGAAUGUACCGGUUGAUUAAGUUCAUAGAAAUUGUGUUACAAAAAAAACAAGGAGAUUAAAAAGUUCAUAGAAAAGCAUGCCAAUUAUACCAUACUUGUCCAUCCUUUCUUAAACAUUUUGUAAUCCUUGAUCAUUAAUAAAAUAAUUAUAGUUGGCAAAAAAAAAGCAUGCCAAUUAAGAUACAUCAAAAUAUCAAAUACAAUAUGUACGUUUGAAAAUCUUAUUAAAAUGAAAAUCUUAGUUAAUUGAAUUGUUUUUUUUUUGGACCAAAAAGAAAAAUCUUAGUUAAUUGAAUAGUUUUUUUUUUUGAACCCAAAAAGAUAUUUUUUUAUUUUCCCUGAGUAGUACUUAUUGCAAGAAAUGAAAAAAUAAAUGUAAAAGUUAUAGGGGUUAGUGAGGUAAUCGAACCCAAGACUUGUGGGUCAAAUUGUGCAAUUUCAAAAAACUUUUUCGUAACAGAGAGCAAGCCGUAAAAAUCUAAUUUAUAACUUUUAUUGAGUCAAUUGGACCCCACAUCAAGUGGGUCCCUCCUAACUGUCACUAACCGUCACCUUCUUCCUUCUUCCUUCUUCUUUUACCAGUGUUCACUAUAUAUAUACUACGAGCUCUCUUGUUUAUUCGUUUUAACAAACUCUCCAAAAUGAAGCUGCUCUACUUCUCUUCUCUCUCGCUACUCUUUCUUCUGAUCAGCAUCGCUCUAGCUUCGCCGAGUAUGUCUUCCUCUAGCUCUACCGCUUCUGAGACGAACAGGUAUGUUAUCCAAAACUUGAAUCGGAAACUCGGAGUCGAUUAGUAAUGGAGAAACUACUGUGUCUAGGCGGAGUUGAUUGGGAACGUAUCACGAUUAUCGUUGUUUGACCAUGGAUUUGCAGAAUAAACGAUUAGCGUAGAGGAAAGUACUAUCCAUCGAAUCGAUUAGGAAUAAACUGUGUAGACGGAACCGAUUCUCGUAACGUAUCGCCAUUAUCGUUGUUUGACCAUGGAUUUGCAGAAUAAAUGUAGAAUAAUUGAUCUCAGGUUACUUAGGUUUCAAGUAUGUCUUAGAUCUAGGUUUAAACUGAAAGUAAAGUAAUGACACAAUCAAUUUAACGAGUUCCCGGCCCUCGGCACGGUACGUCUCGUGGGAGAACUUCAGCUCCCAAACUUCACUAGAUCAAAGAGACUCUAGCACUACCAAAUCAGUGUGUGCUAGAUAGUUUGUUUACAAAGAACCAAAUACUCCAAGCUAGAGAAUACAACAAAGCCCUUACAUAAUAGACUUAGGCCUAAGCUAUGUAUCUUGUAUUGUUGUCUCCUUCCUCUUGCUUAUUGACUGAUUGACUUGAUUCUUCUUGCCGUAAACGUUCUCUGUUUCCUUAUUGCUGCUUAACCUAAUCAACACACUAAUCAUACAAUAUAUACGAUGUGUGUGACAAGGUACAAGCACUGGAGUGGGCCUGCGUAAGACUUGGCCCACUUGAUAGGUGUUGCAGCUGGGCCAUCUCCAUUUGCUGAAGCCCAAAACUCAACAAAUCUCCACCGUUUUGGGUGAAGCCCAAGACCCGGCUCGCGACUCCUUUGUCAGCAACCCUAGCUGUCUCUUUGUCCGAAAAUGAAAAAAUCAUUUCGACUUCCUCACUCUCUUUCUAGCGUCUCUGUCUCUCUCUCUCUCUCUCGCUGUUUCCUCUCGAUCCCUUGUCGUCGUGAGUACUUGAAGCUCCACCGAGCUCCGCUGCGGGAGAUCUGACCAGCUUCACCAAGACGGUGUCGCUUCUCCUUCUUUCCAACCUCAGGUACAUCUAAUCUCUCUCUUAUUGUUGAAGAGACUAGGAUCAUCUGCAAGGAAGGGAAGACCUUAUACUUAGCGCUUAGCUAACCUUUCUCUUUGUUGCAUGUCUCUUCCGGUGAGCGUUUCACCUACUCCGAUAUGCAUGUUGCUCCGCCGUGAGUGUCAUCAUCACUCUCCACCACUCUCAUGAGCUCAAGUAAGAACCUUUCCCUGGACCAUUGCCUUUCAUAUGUUUUAAUCUUCGCAGAUUUGACUCCUUGUGGUGUUGUAGGGCCGAUUCAACUCUGUGAAGAGUCAACUGGGUUCAGGCUUUACACCGAGGCCUUAACAUACUUCAUUGAUCUUUGAUAAGCCGUAAGAAAUACUCGUUCUUCUCAUAACGUUCUCUAGGUCGUUACUCACAUGUAUCUCUUCUCGCUUGAUAUAGGUUUUACUGUCAUUGUGGUGUCUCACGUCCAUGUGAUUACUUGAACAUUUGAUGUUACUCAACUCUGUCUCAAGUCUCCGCUUGCAUCGAACCCGUGACUGUUCGAUGUUAGCAUAUCCUCCACCUGAACCGAGAUCUCUUCUCGAUUCUGUUUCUGCUCCAGGUAACUCCUUUCCUUCUUCACGGUUCUUUAUGUUGUCCUUUUGAUUAUCUUUUUACAUCACCACUAACUGAGUUUGCUAUUUGUGGGAUGCGAGGAUGGAAUCAUGACAUUGGAGUUACCUGGUGCCCUACCUGUCCGAUCAGAGGACGUUCAAAAGUUCACAGCAAAGCUGGAACUUCUGGCCAGCGUUCUUACCACACUACCAAACGAAGGUUUGUUUUCUUUUUAUGCAUGAAGAAUACAUUGAACAGUAUCAAUGGUAACUAUUUUCACUCUUUUGCAGUUGAGGCUAUGGUGUCACUCAAAAGAUCCCUAGCUAUACCAGAAAGACUUGGCUGGGAGUCAGAUCCAUGUACUCCUUCCAGCUGGGAAGGAGUGACAUGUAUCACUAAUCCAAUUGGUGAAGGCUUCGUAAUCUACGAAAUUGACCUUGCAGACAAAGGACUCAAAGGAUAUAUCAGUGGAAUGAUUACGCUAUUGCAAAACUUGAAUUCCCUGGACCUGUCAGACAACCAUCUUAGUGGAACAAUACAUUCAAAGAUAUCUUCAGCAAGACUAGAGCUGUUGAAUCUGAGUAAAAACCAGUUCACUGGAUGGUUCCCGAAUGAGCUAUAUUCAAUUUUAUAUCGUGGGGGUAUAUUAGACGUCUCUGGAAACAAGGGUUUAUGUGGCGUUGGAAUACCAAGUCUUCCUCAGUGUUCACUGUGGACAAUGGUUCUCCAUAGCAAACUGUUUGCAGCUGCUGUACUGAUUCUAAUUGGGCUAGUCGCCAGUACCUUGAAGCUGAAAAUAGCUGAAUAUGAUGCAAAUAACCCAAACUUUCUAUUGGUGGUUUCCUAUGGUGUGUUCCGUAUGCGAGUAGCAUUUUAUAUCUCCUUAUUCCACUUCCUGAGGGUUGUGCUGCUAUACACCAUCUCAGACUUUAGCGUGGAUGACAGCUACGUCCUCUUGCGUUUGACAGCGUCAGAGCAGAUUCUCUUCGUCUUAUGCGGUGUUUGUGUUAUUGUGGCCGCACUAAGGGGUACAUGGGGACAAGCAAAAAGCUACUUUAUGUCUGUCAUUCUCUGCUUCUGCCUUUUCUCAAUGCAGCUCUCUGCAGCUGCAUCUAAGGCGAUCUAUAACAGACCAUGGCUUAUGAACCUGGAAAGGCUUUGGGUUGUCAUCAACUACAGCGUUCUCGUUUGUUUCUAUCAUAUGAGCGAGUCGUUUGAUCUGAAAGGCUAUUUGAUUGCCAGGAUCGGAAUUCCUCUGCUACAAGCUAUGCGUUCGAUUAGUUUGAUGCAUUACACUUACCUGAUGCUAGCUUUUUGCUAUCUGGUCAGCGCUAUCAUGGCAUAUUAGAGAACUUUUACUUUCAUGAGUUUUAUUGAUUUUCGGUUGGAUACUCGAAUGUUUUUUUUUUUUUGUCAAAGGAUACCUAUAUCUCUAUUUCAUUUGGUUAUUGAUUGCAAGUUUGCAACUG